AUGACCGUCACUUUGGAUUUCGAUGCUGUAAAGAUAGACUCCUCGACCAGGCGCUCCCUUUCAGAUCUCUCUCUGUCUGUUGCCAAAUGUAAAAAGAUUGUUGUCGUUACAGGAGCCGGAAUAUCGUGUUCGUCAGGGAUUCCAGAUUUCCGUUCUUCGGAUGGCUUGUACGCCCUCGUUAAGCAACGAUACCCCAACGCCGUUAUGAAGGGUCGUGACCUCUUUGACGCGUCUCUAUUCCGUGAUACAACCGCCACAUCUGUCUUUUACACGUUCAUUUCUCAGCUCAAACAGUCUAUUGAUUCUGCAUCGCCCACUCCCACCCAUUGCUUCAUCAAAACAUUGGACACGAAGAAGAAACUCCUCCGCUCCUACACUCAGAACAUAGAUGGUCUUGAGGAACGGGUCGGUCUGCUAGGUAGUGGCAGCCAAGAGGCAAAGUCGUCUUCUCGCUGUAAAUCCAAGAUCAAAGCCAAGGAAGUUCGCAACGUACAGCUUCACGGUGACAUCCACCGUGUCCGAUGUAUGGCUUGUUCCUCCGAAUACCCUUGCACCUCAGAGCACGUCAGUAUAUUCAAUGAGGGCCUUUCUCCCCAUUGUCCAGAUUGCACGCAACGUUCUGCGGCUCGUGUAGCUCGUUCUGCUCGUGCCACGAAAAUAGGCUCUCUCAGACCUGCCAUUGUACUUUACGAUGAGCCUCACCCCUUAGGGGAUGAUAUCGGUUCUAUCCAAGCCAGUGAUAUCAAUCGCAAGCCAGACAUGUUAAUAAUCAUGGGCACAUCACUCAAAGUACAUGGUUUGAGGAAACUCGUCAAAGAUUUUGCCAAAGCUGUUCAUGCGCAUUCGGGCGCCUCGUCGACAAGCACCGGCAAAACGAAACGAUGGGCUGGGAAGGUGGUCUUUGUGAACAAGACUGCGCCAGGAUCAGAAUGGUCAGAUGUCAUUGAUUACUACGUUGCCGGAGAGACAGACGCGUGGGUUGACAAAGUCAUUGAGGAUUGGAAGAAGAUGCGUCCAGUGGAUUGGGAGAUUCAGCAGAAGCUCGUAACAGUUGAUGGAGAUGUUAGUAUGGCCUCGCCUUUCAGAUCCGUCAAGGAUGCACCACGCCUUGCUACUGGAACGAAAGGCAAAACGAAAGGUAAGCUUUUUCGUUCCUUGAAUGUGUCGGGCCUGCUGAUUUUUGUUGCUCAGAAUACAAGAAAUUCCGGGAUUCUGAUGAGAACGUUCCACCGGUGCCAUCUGUGGACAUGA